GAUAAAGUUGCUCGAGGAAAUGCAAAAAGAUGCACUGAUCGUGAAGCUCUUGGACUAUGGUGCAUCAGCAAAUCGCGCAUUCAUCGUGAUGCGACAGUAUCCAUCAUCUCUGAAACGUUGGCGGGGCUCUCAAAGGUACGGUGUUGAGGCAGGAAAUAUGCGCUUGCCAAUCCAGCUUCAUUUGAAUAUAUUUUCCCGUUGCGUUGAUGCCGUUUGCGCACUUUCAGAUUUCGGCGUUGUGCACUACGACAUUAAAGCAGACAACUUUCUUCUAGAACCGGAGAUUAGUUGCUCAGUCAAGGAGUUCUGGGAUCCACCGCAAGAGAGAUGGAAUGAAGUGCCGCCGUUUCGUGUUCUUAUAUCUGACUUUGGUGAGAGUCGCGUUUAUGCGGGAUUUCAAAGUGCCAGAACGUCACAUAAUCAUGGAACAGAGUAUAUCAAGGCGCCUGAAAUGCUUAAGAUAAGCAAGACUUCAUCAUUAGAUGGAGAAGAAUUGGAUCGACGUGCAUACGCGAAAUGUGGUUGUCGUGUGGAUGCUUGGGCUCUCGGCUGUUUGUUGUUUGAAAUUCUCGCAAAUGAGUACAUGGUACGUAUGGAAUAUGUAUCAAAUAAUAAUAUCAUUAUUAUUAUUACCUUCAUUCGUUGAAAAAAAUAUUAUUCCGUCCAUUCUUAUUAUUAUUACCUUCGUUCGUAUUAUUCUUACGUGGAAUUAUGAUAAUAAUAAGUUUAUUUACUAAUUUGUCAUUGACUUGUCGGUCCCCUCUUUCAGUUGUACGAUGUUGACUGGGUUCGAUUUUUCUUACGAACGACCACACCAAGCGUUGAGCUGGUCCCUCGGAAAUCGCUGCGCAUGCUCGACUGCAUGCCAGUCAUUCAUUCGCUCGUCUUUUGGAUGCUUGUACGAGAUCCUCACUGGCGACCUGAUGUCACUCAAAUAAGGAAAAAGCUUUCCACCAUCAUGGCGACAACUUUUUGCAAACAAAAUGAAUCACGAGAGAAAAGUUAUCCCUCAUCUGCUGGAAUGUCGUAUCACAACUUGAAGUGCCAGUCUUGGCCACUUCCUUUUCCGCAGGGCCGCCCAGCUUCAGUUCUGCAUGCACCUCUGAUUGGCUUGGAAAGACAACCUACUCCUGGAAUUUGCGAUGAAUUCAACAUGCAAAAUGACUCGUCCCCUCUUGAUCACCUUCAAUUCACCCUUACUUUGCUUGCCAAGCCAAGACUUGAAAUCCUAGUUUUUAGUGAGGCACUUCAUAAGUCAUUCAACGAGUCGUUUUUCGACGCCGUCCUUGUCUGUGGUAAAUUACCAAAUGAUCGUGGCAGCUGCGACUUCAAAAGUUUGGAAUGCAACAAUCAUGCGAAGCUGUAUAGCAAAGCGAUAUCCUGUGGUAUCGCUGCACAAGCGAUCGACCUGCCCAGUCCGACAGCACGUGGUCAUGAUGUUCAACUUCAAUUCGCCGCUGUAAUUAGUUCUGCCGUAAGUUUUGCUCGCCGCAUAAGGCUUGGCCCGCAGGCAAAGUUGGCGAUAAUUUGCAAGCAAGCUGAUGUCUCGGUGGCAGCUGUAGUUGCCAUUGCGAUCCAAGUUGAUAUGGACGGAGGUGAUAUCCGAUCUACCAUAUUCAGCUGCUCAAAUAAAGAUGCCUAUGGCAAAAUUCAUGCAACCGACUUGGCGCGUUUAUGUGCAUGGGAGACAGGAUUACGUGCAACGAGCAAUUAUCAUUGA